UUCAUUAUCCAUCCACCCGGUUCAAAUCCUGUUGUGGUCUAGUAGAUAUCCUUGGUGGCACUCAACAGAUAGAGGGCCAAGACCAUUGCUUAACGAGUGACCUCAGAAGAAAAGCAGCAUGAGGCAAGGAGCAUAUUUUGUAUAAAGGAGAAACCUCACUCAUUGAAGACCAUUGACAAUUAGCUGUUAUAUAGAUACCUCCACCUGCAACUUUUGGAGAUAGAAAAUGAAUAUGAUAGGGGUGAACCUCUGGUUCUCUCCCAUCCUGCUCCUCCUCUCUUGUUGGUUAUCUCCUUUUCAAGCCCAAGACAUCACAAGUUUCAAGUGCUCUGAUGACCCAUCCUACUAUCCAUGCCAGGCCUAUGUAUUCUACCAAGUCAUGGCUCCAGACCUGACCCUCACCGAAGUUAGUGACCUCUUCUGUGUAAGCCGACUCAUGAUAUCAAGAGCCAGCAACAUCUCCUCUCCAAGCUCUCGUCUCCUCCCAAACCAGAAACUUUUUGUCCCUGUGACAUGCUCUUGCAACUCCAAUGGCCUCUUCUAUGCUAACAUCUACUACACAAUCCAGUCUGGUAACACCUUCUUUGACCUUUCCCACAAUCAGUUCCAAAACUUUACAACUUAUCAAAGUGUGGAAUUUGUUAACCCUUCUCUUGUCCCCAUCAACCUCACCAUCGGCAGUGAUGCCAUUUUCCCAAUCUUCUGCAACUGUCCCAACACAACCCAAAUGCAGACUGGAAUCAAUCAUAUCAUUAGCUAUGUUUACCGACCAUCCGAUACCAUAGCUUCCAUUGCUGCAACCUUUGGACUGGAUGCACAAUCUAUAAUUGAAAUAAAUGGGCAGAACAUAAAUCCCUGGAGCGUAAUUUUUCUUCCAGUCUCUCAAAUUCCUCAGCUAGAUCAACCUUAUGUUCCUCGAAUUUCUAAACCAGAAAUUGAGGUGGAAGAUCAUAUUAUUAUUGGGUUGGCAAUUGGGUUGGGAAUUUCACUCUUUCUGUUGGUUAUUUUGAUUUUGCUUACGUUUUUAUGUUGUAAUGGGGAGAUUGUCUCGAAGCUCAAAGGAACAAGAGAUGAUAAGGAGAAGCAGCUGUGGUCAUUGAAUAAAAAGAAAUGGGAAAAGAAUUUCAUAACUGAUGUUUCAGAUUCCUUGGAUAAGUAUGGAGUGUAUGACAUUCGAGAUUUGAGACAGGCAACUGCUGGAUUCAACCAAAGCUGUUUAAUUGAAGGCUCUGUUUAUAAAGGGUGCAUCGGUGGAGAGUUCUAUGCCAUUAAGAGGAUGAAGUGGAACGCCCUUGAAGAGCUGAAGAUCUUACAAAAGGUAAACCAUGGUAACCUAGUGAAGCUCAAAGGUUUCUGCAUACACCCAGAGUUUGGAAGCUGCUAUCUUGUGUAUGAAUAUGUUGAGAAUGAUUCUCUUUAUUCAUGGCUUCAUGAGGACAACAGGACAAAGAAGUUGGAUUGGAAGACAAGGUUACGUAUUGCUAUCGAUGUUGCUAACGGUCUUCAGUACAUACACGAACACACAAGGCCAACAGUGGUUCAUAAAGAUAUCAAGACUAGUAACAUUCUAUUGGAUGGAAGCAUGAGAGCCAAGAUUGCCAACUUUGGACUAGCAAAAUCUGGUUAUAUUGCUGUUACCAAGUGCAUUAUUGGCACUCAUGGUUAUAUUGCACCAGAGUAUCUUACAGAUGGAACUGUAACGACGAAAAUGGAUGUUUUUUCUUUUGGGGUGGUUCUGCUUGAGCUAGUUUCGGGAAAGGAAGCCAUCAAUGAGGAAGGGAAGCCACUUUCUAUAGACAUAGGUAAUCUUUUGGAGGGCGAGGAAGAUGAGAAGGAAGAGAAGUUGAAGGAAUGGAUGGAUAAGGUUCUUUUGGAUGAGAAUCCAUGCUCAAUAGAGAGCAUCAUGAAUGUUGUGACUGUUGCCAUUUCCUGUGUAGAGAAAGACCCUUCUAGCCGACCAACUAUGGUUGAUAUUGUUUAUACUCUGUCAAAAAGUGAGGCUCUGUGUUUCGACUACUCUAUGCAAGAAGAACCUGAAACUGAAAUACAGCAGCAAUAAAAGAAUGGCCAUUUUCUCCUUGUCUUAGUUUUUAUAAGAUGCACUGCCUAGAGUUAUGUAGCAGAGGUCAUAUUAUAAUAAUGGAGGCAUUAAAUGUGUUU